UCAUGUACGCAUGCGUGUGGCGGUUGCCCUGCUAGAGUUUUAACAGUCAUCAUUUUAAAAUAUGUCAGAAAAAGGAGAGGUGGAUUUGACCGGUGCCAAACAAAAUACAGGCGUGUGGCUCGUUAAGGUGCCCAAAUACCUUUCUCAACAAUGGGCAAAAGCGACAGGCAGAGGAGAAGUCGGAAAGCUCCGGAUCUGCAAGAAAGGAAAUCAAGGAAAACCAGAGGUGUCUUUCACUUUGAAUGAAGAGCUGACUGUGAUUGACGGUAUAGAGGAUAAGACGGUGUCUGCACCACGUGAACACCCGUUCACCAUGCAGUCAGUGGGAGGUCAGACAUUGGCAGUCUUCACAGAGACUUCAUCAGGCCAGUCAGAAGAGAGAUCUGAUGGCAGCAGCUCAGGUUCGGGGGCAGGGACAGGCCCAGAUAAAAUAACCUUGGAGGGAGUGGUAGUGCAGAGAGCAGAAUGCAGGCCUGCUGUCAGUGAAAGCUAUAUGAGGCUGAAGAGGUUACAAAUUGAAGAGUCCUCCAAACCGGCCAGGCUGUCUCAACAGUUGGAUAAAGCUGUUACCAACAACUAUAAACCUGUGGCCAACCACGAUUACAAUCGUGAGUAUGAGAGGAAGAAGAAGGAGGAGGGCAAGAGAGCCCGAGCUGACAAGCAGCAAGUGUUGGACAUGUUGUUUUCUGCUUUUGAGAAGCAUCAGUACUACAACAUCAAAGACUUAGUGGAUAUCACCAAGCAGCCUGUGAUUUACUUGAAGGAAAUCCUGCGUGAUAUUGGCAUCUACAACGUGAAGGGAACACACAAGAACACCUGGGAGCUCAGGCCAGAAUACAGGCAUUACCAAGGCGAGGAAAAGACUGAUGAAUAGUUUUUGGAUCCAAAGGUCAAUACAUGCUUUCCACUCAGAGGAGGGAUUUCCUCUUAGAUCAGAGCUUGGUUUGACCUGGUUUCUGUACAUCAGGUCUGAAGAUGCACUGGACGAUGAGGUGGAGUUUUGCAGUCCCAUCUCAUUCUGUAGGAACAAAAAUAAAGGGCACUAUGGAGAAAUCAGAGGUUAGGCAUUGAAGUAUGCACCACCUUUUUCUGAUGUGGUUCCCUUUCACAGCUUGAGUGCGCUCAUUAGUGUUUUAAGAAGUAAAAGAUCUAUGACUUGAGGUUGAAAGCAGUGGAUAAUGUUUUUAAGUGUUUUGUAUAUCCAGAAAUAUGGGGUUUAAUGUGGAGAGGACAAAAUUUUAGAAGAGGAACAGUGUUACUAUUGGUAUAGGUUCCACUCAGAUUUUUGUGACGUUUCUUUUACAAGUCCGUUUUGGGGUUUUUUGUUUUUUCUUCAAUGAAACAUGGCUCAUCAGUUUUCCACACCACAACAAAUUGGAUCCACAAUUUAUUGUGAUCUUUACUCCAGGUGUCUUCUUAUAACCCACCUUUUGUAUUAUUUUAGGUUGUUUUAUAUUUGGUCACUUAUGCAAUAAAGUUUUUUUUUCA